AUCCACACAAACAGGCAGAAAAAAAACUUCCCUGGAUUUUGAAUUAUACAGCAGCAGCUUCCUGUAUUUUACACCUGCACAGAGGGAGGGAAGCUAAGCUGAGUUCAGAAGACAAAGCCAGACUGGAAAAGCAACAAGAAGUUCACGGCAGCUCCACAUUCUAACUUCAUUUUUUGUGUUUUUUUUCCUUCUUCACUGGUCUAACUCUGGGGUUUGUACCAGCUAAGAAUGUUGUUGCACAUAAUUUGUGCUGCGUGGGCUUCAUCUGUCAUUUUUCUGCAAGGAAGGUCUGUGUCCUGUAAAGAGAUGAAGCUCCCCAGCAGGGCACCCAAAGCCCCUUCCCCGUCAGACUUUCUGGACAAACUGAUGGGACGAACAUCUGGGUAUGACGCUCGCAUCAGACCAAACUUCAAAGGUCCUCCUGUAAACGUCACCUGUAACAUCUUCAUCAACAGCUUUGGAUCCAUCACUGAAACAACUAUGGAUUAUCGUCUCAAUGUAUUUCUGAGGCAGCAGUGGAACGACCCACGCCUGGCAUAUAAAGAGUACCCAGAUGACUCCCUGGACCUGGACCCCUCUAUGCUGGACUCCAUUUGGAAGCCUGACCUGUUUUUUGCAAACGAAAAGGGAGCAAACUUUCACGAGGUCACCACAGACAACAAGCUGCUGCGGAUAUUUCAGAAUGGAAAUGUCCUCUAUAGCAUCAGGUUAACACUUACCCUUUCCUGUCCUAUGGAUCUGAAAAACUUCCCCAUGGACAGCCAGACAUGUACGAUGCAACUUGAAAGCUUCGGAUACACCAUGAAUGAUCUGAUAUUCGAGUGGCUGGACGUCGGUGCAGUUCAAGUGGCCGAUGAUCUGACUCUUCCUCAGUUUGUACUGAAAGAGGACAAAGGCCUGGGCUACUGUACCAAGCACUACAACACAGGUAAAUUCACCUGCAUUGAGGUCAAAUUCUACCUGGAGCGGCAGAUGGGUUAUUACCUGAUCCAGAUGUACAUUCCGAGCCUGCUCACGGUCAUCCUGUCCUGGGUUUCAUUCUGGAUCAACAUGGAUGCGGCUCCGGCCAGAGUGGGUUUGGGCAUCACCACAGUGCUCACCAUGACGACGCAGAGCUCUGGCUCCAGGGCGUCUCUGCCAAAGGUGUCCUAUGUCAAAGCUAUAGACAUCUGGAUGGCUGUGUGUCUGCUCUUCGUGUUUGCUGCACUACUGGAGUACGCUGCUGUUAAUUUUGUUUCACGCCAGCACAAGGAGUUCUUCAGACUAAGGAAGAAGCUGAAAGAGCAACAGAGGCAGAGAGCUCAGGGAAGCAAUGACAGUAAGGUGAAAGGAAACAACCUGUCGGGUAACAACGCUCCUCAUGGGAAUGUCACCCAGCAGUGCAGUGCCUGUGCCAGAGAGGAGGAACUGGCACAGCAGGGUUUAUUCUUCCAGAGUUACGGACUCGCACUGUCAGCAGCAAGUGCAACAGAAAUGGAUGCACCUGUCUUCGCUGAUUUACCUCCUGGAUUAGGUUUCUAUGACAUCCGCAGACGCUUCGUGGAUCGAGCUAAAAGGAUUGAUACCAUCUCCCGAGCUCUUUUUCCCAUGAGCUUCCUUAUGUUUAAUGUCCUCUACUGGCUCACCUAUAAAGUUUUACGGCAUGAAGACAUUCAAGCCAUAAUUUGACAACACAACAACUGAAAAGCAUAAAGACACUGGAUAUCUGCUAUUUUCACUAAAACAUUUACAGAACUGAGAGCCUUCAGCCAAGCCAUGCAAGAUACAUUUGACUGCAUGUCCAGUACCGCUGGGAUAUUACAUGACAUGGAACAGUCCAUCACUUUUAUUUUAAUUUUUAAUACUUUCAAGGAAAUGCACUUUUUAUCGGCACUGAUGCAUACAUUACAUGUCAGGUUGUAUAUGGUCAGCUAUAUGAAGUUAAUAGCUACUAAUGGUUAUUUUCCUUUUUUUUAUUAUUAUU